UAACGAAGACGGGUAAUGCAUUCUGCAAUGCACUUGCACUUCAUCACCCUCAGUCUAAUUAACUUUACCUUUACUAACCUUUACCUGCUUUACUUGCUUUGCCUACACCUGCCUCCACUGCACCUACUGCACAUUGCUACUUCCUCUACAUACAACGAAGUCCCUUUUUUGUGCUUGGCUAUUGGAACUGCCCUACCACUUUCUACCAUCACAUCACCACAUACCACUUUACAACUACCACGACCACGACCACGACCAUCACCGCUUCCAACUGUAUGAUAUACGUACUUGACGCUUGUCACAGUUUCUGUGAUCUCUGUUUUACAUCCUCCAUAUACCUCUCUUCCCCCCCUUUACCUUCGACAUUAAAGUAAAAGUGGAAGUGGAAGUAGAAGUGGAAAAGGGUACAGCAGCGGCAAUUGCAAAUUACUACUAUUACGACUACAACUACUUUGACCCUUUUUGUCUCUUGCAAAUU